AUGAAGCAGCUUUUGAAGCUCUGGGUCAUGCUUAUUGGCCCUCUCCAGGGACUGGGUUUGGCUAUGCCAACUGCCAAGCCUACCAAUGCCACCGAAUCUCCGUAUGAUGGGCAUUCGCUUGACCGACGCUUCAGUUCCCCAUUUGUACCAACCGAUUCCUGGCAAAUAAUCUGCUCCGGCAUAGACGGGAAGAACAUGUCCGAUCCGGGGAUUCUUCCGGCACGCAGCGCUGACUGUCAGGUGUUGGCUGAUCUAUGGGCCACUCGAGGUGGAUACUGGGACUUGACAGACUGGGACACGAGCGCGCAGAGCAUAGCAUCCGCUGGGACCUGUAGCUUCCGGGUCUCACGCCCCGACGGCGCCAACUCACGUGUUUGGAUCGGCAACCAAGAUUUUCGCCGAGCCGUUGGGCAGGCGAUUGCCGGUUUCACUCACGGUGGAUUGGUCGGUGUUCUCGGUACGAUGAUAUGCGGCCAGCCCGAUGGCCACGACGUCCAGAUCGCCUGGUCCAUCAUGAGUACAUAG